UCCUCCGCCGGCAGGCGGGCGGGGCGGGGAAGGGGGCUCCGGGCGCGGUGGGAACCGCGAGACCCAGACCUGGACGCCGACAGCCGCGGGGGGCGCGCGGCCCUGCCUCCGCGGGCUCCCGCGAACCUCCAGACAAAACCCCAAUUCAGAAAUAGGUUGCAAGCGGCAGGGGAGGAGGUUUGGGCCCCACCAGGGACCCCCGCCGCCCCCGGGACGGCCGGCCGUGGGAGCGAUGAGCCAGGUGCUGGGGAAGCCGCAGCCGGAGGACGAGGACGACGACGAGGAGGAUGAGCUGGUGGGGCUAGCGGACUACGGGGACGGGCCCGACUCCUCGGACGCCGACCCGGACAGCGGGGCGGAGGAGGGAGUUCUGGACUUCAGCGAUCCCUUCAGCACUGAGGUGAAGCCCAGAAUCCUGCUCAUGGGCCUGAGGAGAAGUGGCAAGUCAUCUAUUCAGAAAGUUGUCUUUCAUAAAAUGUCUCCCAACGAAACACUGUUCUUGGAGAGCACAAACAAGAUCUGCCGGGAAGAUGUUUCCAAUAGCUCCUUUGUUAACUUUCAGAUUUGGGACUUCCCAGGACAGAUUGACUUUUUUGACCCUACAUUUGACUAUGAGAUGAUCUUCCGCGGAACAGGAGCACUGAUAUUUGUCAUCGACUCCCAGGAUGACUACAUGGAAGCCUUGGCCAGGCUCCACCUCACCGUGACCAGGGCCUACAAAGUGAACACUGACAUCAACUUCGAGGUGUUUAUUCAUAAAGUGGAUGGUCUGUCAGAUGACCACAAAAUUGAAACCCAAAGAGAUAUUCAUCAGAGGGCAAACGAUGACCUUGCAGAUGCUGGAUUAGAAAAAAUUCACCUCAGCUUCUAUUUGACAAGCAUAUAUGAUCAUUCAAUAUUUGAAGCUUUUAGCAAAGUGGUUCAGAAACUGAUUCCACAACUCCCCACCCUGGAGAAUUUGCUAAACAUCUUUAUCUCAAAUUCUGGAAUUGAAAAGGCAUUUCUCUUUGAUGUGGUCAGUAAAAUUUAUAUUGCAACUGAUAGUACCCCAGUGGAUAUGCAAACCUAUGAGCUCUGCUGUGAUAUGAUCGAUGUGGUUAUUGACAUCUCUUGUAUUUAUGGUCUCAAAGAAGAUGGAGCAGGAACCCCGUAUGACAAGGAAUCCACAGCCAUUAUAAAGCUGAACAAUACCACAGUUCUUUAUUUAAAAGAGGUGACGAAGUUCCUGGCUCUUGUCUGCUUUGUCAGAGAGGAAAGCUUUGAAAGAAAAGGGCUUAUUGACUAUAAUUUUCAUUGCUUCCGGAAAGCCAUCCAUGAGGUUUUUGAGGUGAGGAUGAAAAUGGUGAAAUCACGAAAGGUUCAGAAUCGGCUGCAGAAGAAAAAAGGAGCCACCCCCAAUGGGACCCCUAAUGUGCUGCUGUAGUGAGGCUUUGGGAAUGUCUUUGCACAUCAGACCUUUCGACGAGGCCGCUGCGCUGUUUUGCACUAAAGGAAGAGGAAAAAAAAAGGAGAUUGGGACACAUGACGUAUUUGUUGUACAAAAAAAAAAAACAACCCUGCAACCUUCUUGAUCUUCUCUUUUUUAAAUAAAGUGAGCACUUUGAAGCC